UCCGCCCCGGCGUCCCGCCCCCGGGGCUCCUCGCCCAUUGCUCUCCACCGCGAGUCCCCAGCCUGUGGGCAAAGCCCACCCGGUCCACUGAGCAGAGAGACUGAUUUAGUCGAUGGGGCCGCGGAUUCUCUAUUGGGAACAAAUGUCGGAGUGGUUCCGGGCCCCUCGCAGUCUGAGAAGCCCUCAUUUCAACGGCCCUCCAGCCAGAGCUGCUGGGAGCCUCACAGCCCCCACCCCACGCCAGCAAUGGCUGAGCCUGGAGAGCAGCUGCCGGAGGAGGUGCUGGCGCUCAUCUUCUGCCACCUGCCCCUGCGGGACCGCGCUGCCGCCGCCAGGGUCUGCAGAGCCUGGGCUGCUGCUGCCAUCUGCAGCGCUGUGUGGCACGACACGACCGUCAGUUGCUACUGUGAGCGAGAAGGCAUGCUGCCACCAUAUCUGUCAGCCUGCCUGGACCACAUUCGCAAUCUGCGGCUGGAAUUUGAGCCAUCGAAGGAGCCGAGCCGCCGGAUGGCCACGGAGCUGCUGACCGCACUGGCAGGCCGUACCCCAGGACUUCGAGGCCUGCGCCUGGAGUGUCUCGGAGAGAAGCCGCUCUUCGACGCGGGCCGCGAUGUCCUGGACGCCGUGUCCGCCAUCUGCCGGGCCGCUCGCGAAUUGCGUCACCUCGACCUGCGGCGCUUGCCCUUCACUCUAGACGACGCGCUGGUGCUCUACACGCUCAAACUAACGCGGGAGCGCCAUCCCUGGCGGCCCACGCGCGUGGAGUGA